AUGGAUGGACUCGCCAUCUUAUGCUUGUCCAAUGGGCCAGUCUAUAUAUGCAGCAGAACUAAGUGGUCAGUAGGAUGUUGCAAGCUAUUGCAUGUUCUGUGCCCUCCCUCAGUAAACACUCUGAAGGAACUGCAGAGCCGCCGGUUCUGGUGCUGUUUGUUGGCAGAGGCAGCUGGCACCCUUAUUUUUGUCUGGGUAGUACUGGGUGCCUCAUCUCCUGCUGGUCCUAAAGAGGUGCUCCCUUCUCCACUCCAGCCAGCCCUUGCUGCAGGGCUGGUAGCGAUCAGCCUGGCACACUGCUUUGGUGAGAUCAGUGGUGCCCAAGUCAACCCAGCACUCACUGUGGCCUUACUGUGCACUCGCAAACUGGAUGCUCUGCAUGCUGCAAGCUAUAUCCUGGCCCAAUGUCUGGGCGCCAUCGUAGCAUCAGGUGUCUUCUACCUCGUGUUGCCCACCUCAGCCAUUGGGCAAUUGGUCACCAAGGUGAGCAAUGAGGGGAAUGCUGGACAGGCCCUGGGGAUGGAAGCUUUCUCCACUUUCCAGCUGGCUCUCACCAUUUUCGCCGUAGAAGACCAUCGGAGGCGUGAGUUGGGUGAGCCUGGCAUCCUGGCUGUUGGCUUCUCUGUUAUAGCAGGAGCUCUAGCUGCGGGCACGUUCUCUGGAGGCAGUAUGAACCCAGCCCGAUCACUUGGACCAGCUGUAAUCACAGGAAUCUGGGAGCAUCACUGGGUAUAUUGGCUUGGCCCCAUCCUUGGUGCAGUCCUUGCUGGAGUAUCCUACGAAUUCUUCUUCGCUAGCAGUGCUUCACGGGACAAGCUUGUGGCCUGCUUGACCUGUCGUGACAUUGAGAUUGUGGAGGCGGCCAGCAUAUCUCGUUCUUCCCUCUCUGCUCCUGCUUCUGUCAAACCACCUUGCAAGGGGGAACACAGCACUGAGUAGGAGGCGGCAGCAUCAGCACCUCAACUUCUUUACCUUUCUCUAAAUCCCUUCAUCGGUGCUUCCUUGCUACCUUACCCAGCUGCCAUUUCUCAUCUAUAAUACAAGCUUUGUCCUGACACUCGGGUGGUACUAGGGUUUGAACCUCUAAAGAUAAUUAUGGCACUGAUCACUGUCAGGGACUGUGGCUUCUGUCCCCAGCUUAGGAAGUAUGAGGGCCUUGCUUACGAAUACAAGGGAGAGCUGGAAGCCAGGAUUUCAGAGUUCCCCCUGGAUAGGAUCCAGUGAGCCAGAACAAGAGGAACUAGGAGGAACCAGGUCCUCUGGUUUCUAUUUGCACCUCUGAGAUAGGAUUGGCAUGGCAGUUAGUGAGCUCGAAGUUGAGGAAUUGAAAACCAGGCCUGUUGGGCUCAGGGCCAGCCCUUGGGUUUUUAGCAUCCUAGACGAAAUUUGACUUUGGCGUCCCCCUCCCCCAGCCAAGAAGUGAGGAGUCUGGCUUUAACUUGUGGCAUGCAAGCUGCUCAUUCAUCGGGAUGGGAGAGACAGCAAAGCAAGGCAAGGUUGACUUUGCUUGCUUUUUCUCCAACCACUGUGCCUCUCCACCAGGGAGGAGAGUGAAUGGGCACUCCUACCAACACCAAGUCAGGCAUGUUAGUGGCUGCUUAGAGAAGGAACAAGUAGCGCCCACCUGUAAGAACUGGUGCCCUAGAUGACCUCCUAGCUCUGCCUAAUGGACUGGCCCUGGAUGGGCUCAACUCAGUUCUCUGCUGCUCUGUGGUUUAUUGUGUCGCCUUUGUUGAGACCCUUCUCCAGGCCUGUGUCUCAUUUGCUUCUCUGUCUAACACUAAUUAGAGAACAUCUUGGAAAAAAGACUGUGUGCCUUUGUACUAUUUGCCACCUGGGUGGAGCUCAAUAACAGGCCCAAACCAACCCCCUAUAAACAUGAGACACAAUAAAAGGGGGAGUGAAAACUGAGUGAGUGCUUAUGUUGAUUCCCCUCCUCACUCCUCGAACAACCUGGGCUUGGUGAAGUGCUGAGCCCAGCAAGCCCCAUUGUACUUGCCGCUAUCAGGCCUGGCAGUUUCCCCCCUGCCUGCCCAAUCACCAAGCAGGCUGGUUAAUCCCCUGGAGCCCAGAGAGAAUUAGAGCCUGCUAAACAGCUCUGACUAAACCUCCACUCCAAAAUGCUGUGGUGACAAAUAUCCCAGAGACCUUGUUCUAAACACUGAGGGGCCUGGUUUUGUUCUCAUCCCUCUUGCUGAGAGGUUAACUCCUGAGAUGCCAUUGCCAGGAACAGGUUUGGUUUUUUUGUCCUCAUUGGUAUCCUUGCUUCCUCUAUACACCUAAUGGGUGUCCCUAAUUUAAAGUGGGCACCACAUGGCACAGCCACCUAAUGGUGCAGCGGGGAAAUGACUUGAUUAGCAAGCCAGAGGCUGCCAGUUCAAAUCCCCUCUGGUAUGUUUUCCAGACUAUGGGAAACACCUAUAUCGGGCAGCAGCGAUAUAGGAAGGUGCUGAAAGGCCUCAUCUCAUACUGCGCGAGAGAUGGCAGUGGUAAACCUCUCCUAUAUUCUACCAAAGACAACCACAUGGCACUGUGGUCGCCAGCAGUCGACACCAACUCAACGGCACAACUUUACCUUUACCACAUGGCACAGGACUGAGGUAGCAUAAGUGCAAAGGGUGGUCUGUGUUUUUCCUAAUGAGAUCCACAAUGUUAUUCAUCAAGAAACCCACUGUACUGCCACUGAAUGGAGAUCAAGUCAUCUGAUUUGUAUCCCAUACACCUAGCUUUAGCUGUGGAAUCAGGGCACAUCAUACUCCCAGUGCAAUGGAAAUGGGCUCCUCUUUCAGUCCUUUCCUCCACGCUUGAUCUGAAACGAGUUCAAGAAAAAGCAUUACUGUGAAAAAGGGUUACUUGGUCCUGUUCUGUGCUGGCCAAAGUAAACUAUUCUGAUCGCUCUCCUUGCAAGAGAUGUGGAGAGUGAGAGACUACUUUUACACAAAUACAUCAGAGCUGUAGAGAAGAUUUGUGUGUUCUGAAAAGAUGCCAAAGAAAGAAUCAAUUUCACAGUAGGCAUGGUUUGUUAAUUCUCUUGAGUUCAAUUGGUGCUUGGUUGCAUUCUGGCUCAACGUGCCCCUAAGUAAGAUGCAUGCAGCUUGGAUGCAAGAUGCUCACUUAGUGUCUAGGCAGUUGGACUACAGGCUUGUAAGUUACUCUACACAUCUAAUAUUGAAGACUGGCUAGCGAGACUCCUAGAACCGACCAUUCAAGGGUGAGUGAAUAUGAAGAAAUACUUUGCACAAUUUUAAUGCCAUGAUAUGGGAUGACUUUCUAGACUACAAUGGUAUAGCCACAAACCAACAAUUGUUGCAACCUGGUCCUCUAAGUUGUUGCCAGCCAACACAUACAAAGGCCUCCCCCCCUCCACCGCCCCAAUUUCCUCUUUCUCUGCUUUUGCCUCUCCUUUUAUCUUUGUUAUUCCUUUUCUUAUUAGGCUGAGAACAGAGGACUGGAUAGUCAAUGGGCUGGUUCUCACAAGCCUUAUUUGGGUAGUAGGAGAAGUGGCAAAGCUAAGUACCGGAGCCUUGCGUGCUCCCAAUGGCCUGGCAACUGAUCAUGAGAAUUGUACAAUCAAGGUGGGAGGAGGGGGAAAUGAUAGUCAGCAAGCUGGGAACGGAGGUGGGUGGCAGUGGUGAGCCACAACUUUUACCCAGUUCCAGAGUGAGGGUGGAGGGAAAGCACUCCCCAUACCUCCUGCCUCCGUACCCAGCUCAGAGACCAUCAUUUCCCCUUUCUUUUACCUUGAUUGUAGGAUUCUCACAAUCGCCAAUUGGGAGCGUGCAUGGUUUCCAAACCCAGCCAAUUGGGAGUGUGCAUGGUUUCCAAACCCAGCCUGGCCACUCCUCCUACCCUGAAGAGGAUUGUGAGAUAGUCCCAGUAAUUCCACAGAGGCCCAUGUGUAUAACAACAUGGACAUCAUUUAACUAUUAGAAGCUUCUUUUCUUCCCAAUACCACCCAAAAGUAAGAUAGAUGUAUUAAUCAAAAGUUUUUGUUUUAAUGUUAGUUACAAUUUCUUUCUUUCAUUUUUAUUAUUUCUUCUUAUUGUUAUAAGUAAUGACAAAUCUUAAUAAAUGGUUGAUUUUAAAAGAAAAUAAAACACAGGAGUUGGACACCAGAUAAUUGAGCUGAGCAUAUCCCCAUCCCCUGAUGUAUGAAAUGAACCUGGCUGUUCAAAAGAUUCGGCCCCCGCCCCGGAUUUUUUUUUUUAAUCCAUUAGGAAUUGCUGCUUAGUAAAUGAGUUUCAAAUUGUGGUGUAAAUCAAUGUAUCAAUAUUGUUUUUAGCUUGUCAAUUGUGUAUUUAACCAGUUUAAAUAAAUAUUACACUAUUCCAAUAAAGGAGAUAUUUUGAGAA